AUGCAGGAGGAGGUUGGUCACUGGGCGGGCCAGCCAGAGAAGGAGAUCCGCCUGCUUCAGAGAAACAGCGGCGACCGGCUGUUCCCCAUCCUCACCCGAGGCAGCAAGUAUACCAUCCGCCUGGAGGGCACCCUCAAUAACUCGGGCAACGGGCAGACCAGCGAGAUGACCCUGACCUGGGAGCGCACCAACAUUGUCGACACAUCGGAGAUCUCCUUCCAUUUCCUGGAGCCUUUUCGGACGGAGGACUGUGACACCUAUCCCUCGUGCCUGGCAUGUCUGGCUGAUCAGGGCUGCGGCUGGUGUCCGGACACCAGCACAUGCCACCAGCGGGUACUGGGCAUUGACGGCCAGUGUGGGAGGAGUCGGCACCUCAUCCUGACCCCUGGGGGCUGUGUGCUGUGCAGGGAGCACACCGACUGCCCCUCCUGCAGCCGGGACCCCUACUGCGAGUGGCAGGUCAACGUCAACCGCAAGGGGGAUUUCCAGUGUACCCGCCGAGGCAGGUCACCCCGGGCUAUCCACUCUCCUGCUGCCUGUCCCGGACCCUGUCACCUGCAGACCUCGUGUCGGGAUUGUCUGAGCAACUCCAGCCAGUGUGCCUGGUGCCAGUCCACAGGCAGCUGCUUCCUGUUCACCUCCUACCUCGCCAAGUACCCAGCUGGGCAGUGUCGGCACUGGUAUGACAGUGUCCACUCGGUCAGCCUGUGUACAGACUGCUCGGCCUUCCUCAGCUGUAAGGACUGUCUGCAAAACUUCGAGUGUGGCUGGUGUGGCAACGCGGACAACCCCACCAUCGGCAGGUGCGUGCCGGGUGAUUUCCGGAGUCUCCGGGAGUUUGUGAAUUGUUCAGUUGCCCUGUCGGGCCUCUCUAACCUGACGGUGAGGGAGGGGGCUGGCUGGUCAUACAGCUCCUGCCCAGACAUUGAUGAGUGUCGCCUCCACAUGGACAACUGCAACUCCUUCGCCACCUGCAGGAACACCUUUGACUCCUUCCAGUGUCACUGUAACCGCGGUUACGCUGGAGACGGCAGCUCCUACUGCAACCAGACCUGUUACAAUGAGUGCAGGCACGGCCAGUGCAGUGGGCCUCCUGACUACUCCUGUAUCUGUGAGCUGGGCUGGACCUCUGACAUGGAGACCGUCAACGAGACUGGCGUCGAAUGUGACAUUGACUGCGGCUGUCACUUCCACAGCACGUGCCGUGAUGGCAUUGGAAAGUGUGACCAGUGCAUGGACUGGACCAUGGGGCAGCACUGUGAGCUGUGCCAACCUGGCAGCUAUGGCAAUGCCACCCAGAAGGAUGGUUGCCAGCAGUGUGCGUGUAAUGGGCACGGGGCCAGCUGGCUGGGUGACUGUGACCGGGCGACAGGCAGAUGUUUUUGCACCGAGAACACUGAAGGGCCACACUGUGAGGACUGUGUCGCAGGUUACUAUGGAGACCCACGAGGGAAUGGAAGAUGUUACCGCGAGUGCGUGGGCCGUGUCCUGCUGCAGAACAUCUCCUCGUCGGCCCUGGGCUCUGCGCGGGGUCAGGGCCUCUCCGCCAAGGGCCUGGCCUACUGCCUCUGGGUGCUGACCACCUCCACCAGCCUGGACUCCUGCCAGGGACAGAGUGGCUGCCUGACCAUCAGCCUGACCAUUGGGCCCGACGUCAGGGUGACGUGCGGUCAAAACUAUGUCUACGUCUUUGACGGGGUGCCCAGGUUCCUGAGCCAGCCCCAGCAGCACAGUGCCCUCUACGCAGAUCCGAAACUGAUCGGCGCCUUCUGUGGCAACGGGCACACACGGGCGGUCAAGGUGGACGCUGUCUCAGGAGUCCUCACCGUCUACUUCGAAGCCAACAUCUCCAGGGCAGCGGGCACAGAGGGUUUCAAUGCCACCUACACCAUCAGCAGCUGCCAGCCCAGAUGCCUGGACAACCAGAGAUGCCAGGACGGGCACUGUGUGUGUGAGACGGGCUACAGCGGCGAGAACUGCACCUCAAGCAUCUGCCCCAAUAACUGCUCGUCCCGAACCCACAGCGGGCACUGCCGCAUGGAUACUGGAGUCUGCGUCUGCGUGGAGGGAUUUGCUGGCAGUGACUGUGGGACGAUUGUACAGGCCAGGAACAUCGUCUGGGAGACUGUCACUCCCCCCGAGCAUCGCCCAGAAGAUGGUGGCCCCCUGAAGCGCAUGGGCCACUCGAUGGUGGAAGGCCCGGGUUCCACCCUUUGGAUCUACGGAGGCCUGUCCCUCAGGAAGGGGAUUUUAAACAGUGUUUAUAGAUUCUCCCUCAGCGACCGUCGGUGGAGCGCCGAGGUAAGGCCGGAGGGCCGGGCGCCCAGAGCACGGUACUUCCACGCGGCAGCGACAUCAGGCCCUGCCCUGGACACCAUGUACGUGGCUGGAGGACUGACCGACAGCGGGGUGGCCAGUGAUUUCUGGCUGCUGGACCUGGCCAACGCAGUGUGGACAGAAGGAGAGUCGGGACUCCUGCCUCCGGUAACUGGCCACACUCUGACCCUGUGUCGGAACUCCGUCCUGCUCCUCAUCGGAGGCUACUCCCCACAGAACGGCUUCAACAACAAGCUGCUGGAAUACGACAUCCGCUCCGCCAACUGGAGUGUCCGCCAGCACACAGGAACAGCCCCGACAGGGUUAUACGGGCACUCAGCCAUUUACCACCCAGCCACGGAUGCGGUCUAUGUGUUUGGGGGCUAUCGGUUUUACCUCGAGAGUGUGUCAGCCUCCCGUGAGCUGUACAGCCUGUACCUCCCUGGGCUGAGCUGGAGCCUGCUCGCCCCCUCCCACGGCACCAAGCCCCUCGCCCACUUCUUCCAUGUUUCCGGAUUGUUUCGGGACACGAUGGUGGUAGUUGGAGGUCGUACAGAGACAGAGGACUUCAGCGCCGCCAUCUUGCUGUACCACAUCAACUGCAACACCUGGAUCACGGUGAACCAGACAGGGCCGGCUGUGCUGGGGGAGCCGAUGAGACCUUCGGUUGCUGCUGCUGCUGUUGCUGUGAAGAAGAAGCUGUAUAUUUCCGGAGGCUAUGGUGGCGUGCUGCUCCCUUCGAUGGUGACCCUGCGUGUGCCACAGGAUCCCUGCCUGAUCUUCUCCCGUCCCGCCGAGUGUAACAGCAGCAGCUGUGUCUGGUGUCGCUCCCUCCACAACGGCAGCUGCCUGUCUGCGGAUCAGGCCGAGAGGUACGGCUGUGAGGCAGCCAGCUCUCUCUGUGAGCCCCUGCCCAGACUCCCUGAAGACUGCCGCAGGCUGCGAACCUGCAGCGAGUGUCUUGCCCGCCAUCCCCGGGUCAUCGGUCAAAUGCAGCAGCUGAGAUGUAAAUGGUGCACCAACUGCCCAGAGGGGGCCUGCAUCAGCAGCAACUCCAGCUGCACCAAGGAGAAUGACUGCCGCAUCAACCAGCGAGAGAUCUUCGUCGCUGGGAACUGUUCGGAAAUAUCCUGCGAAGCCUCGGACUGUGCCAAGUGUACAGCGUCUGGCAAGUGUAUGUGGACCCGCCAGUUCAAACGCACAGGGGAGACCCGCCGGAUCCUCAGCGUGAGCCCCGCCUACGACUGGACGUGCUUCAGCCACUCUCUGCGCAAUGUCUCCCCCAUGCCGGUGGAAUCCUGCCCGCCUGAGCCGUGCCCGAGGCCAUGCCACACCCUCACCAGCUGUGCCGAGUGCCUGAGCUCUAAUGGCUCCGAUGGUGGUUGGCAGCAGUGCGUCUGGAGUCUAGCUCUGCAGCAGUGUAUGAGCCCGAGUUUCCUGCCUCUGCAGUGCGCUGCUGGGAUGUGUGGCCGCCUGUUGAAGGGGCAGAGGGCCAGCUGUAACCUGUCGUGUGCCAGCUAUCAACAAUGCUCCCGCUGUAUCCGACACUCGCACUGUGGCUGGUGUGCCACCCAUGGUCACAACGGGAUCGGCCGGUGUAUCCAGGGUGGACUGAAUGGGACUCAGGACGACAGCAGUGAAACGUGCCCAGCAUCCGAGGGCACCUGGGCCUUCAUGUCGUGCCCACCGGAGAACGAGUGUUUAAAUGGGCACCAUGACUGUGAUGACACCCAGAACUGCACGGACAAGCUGCAUGGGUUCGAGUGUGUCUGUCGCAAUGGCUACAUGCAGGAUAGUGGGCUGGGACUGUGUAAGCCGGUGUGUGAACAAGGCUGUGUCAAUGGUACAUGUGUGCAGCCCAAUAGCUGUGAGUGCCACUUUGGGUAUGUGGGCGCAAACUGCUCGGUGCAGUGUCAGUGUAACCAGCACAGCAACUGUGAGAGUGUCAGUGCCCGGGACCGAUGCCUCCAGUGUGUCAACAACACCAAGGGUGAUCACUGUGAGAAGUGCCAGCCUCUGUUUGUGGGGUCCGCUGUUGCUGGUGGUCUGUGCAAACCGUGUAGCAGCUUCUGUAACAACAACAGCCACAUCUGCAUCAUGAGGGAGCAGUACGAGAGGGCCAAGGCGAACCCGGAGAAAUAUUCCCUGGAACCCCACACGAUCACAGGCUGGCUGGACGAGGGACCCUGGGAAGAUAAUGCUGUCUGUGUCCAGUGUCAGAACAACAGCUCGGGGGAGCACUGUGAGUCCUGCCUGGACGGUUUCUUCCUGCUGGAUGGGAAAUGCACCAAGUGCCAGUGUAAUGGUCACUGGGACAGAUGCCGGGUGACGGAUGGUACCGAGUGCCAGUGUCAGAACAACACCGAGACCAGCUGCCCGACGGCACAGACCGACAAGAGGGACUGCUACAAAUACCAGUGUGCCCGCUGUAAGGAGAACUUCCUGGGGAACCCAACCAAUGGGCGGCAGUGCUACAGGCAGAUCACUGUGGAACAGGAGUACUGCUUUGACCCGACCUCCCAGAGUAACUGUUACCAUGAGCCCAACAUCAAGAACCUGCCUCUGGGCCGCAGUGUGCUGUUUGCUGUCCAGCCCAAAUUCACCAACGUCGACAUCCGCAUCACCAUCGACGUCACCUUCGGGGGCAUCGACGUCUACAUCUCCAACUCGCACUCCGCCUUCACGGUGAGCGUGGACCCGGGCACCGGCUUCCACCGGGUACGGGUGGGAGACCCCGAGGCGCGGAGGGAGGCGCCCGGCCUGAGGCGGAAGCGGGCGGCCGUCCAUAAUGCCAGCCUGGCACUGCCCGAGGGUCUGGAGCGGGUGAGGGAGGAGCGGGCGGAGGGCCUCACCACCUACGUGACGGUGGGCAGCCGGUACACGGUGCUGGUGGUGCGGGCGGUGAGGGAGAGGCUGGUGGUCACCUACCCUUACGAGUUGCACGCCCUCAAGACCCAGCGGUUCUUCAUGGUGCUGCUGGGGGUGGGCAGCGGGGAGACGGGCGAAUCCCAGGGCCUGCUGUUCUUCCGGCAAGACCAGGCCCACAUUGACCUGUUUGUCUUCUUCAGUGUUUUCUUCUCCUGCUUCUUCCUGUUCCUCUCGGUCUGCGUGCUCCUCUGGAAGCUCAAACAGUUUGUCAACUUCCAGCAGGAGCAUCGGCGCCACAUCCAGGAGAUGAACAAGAUGGCGAGCCGCCCCUUUGCCCACCUGGCUGUCUACCUGGAGCCUGACCCCGAGCUGCUGCUGCUGCCCCUUCGCCACCAGCUGGGGCACAGGCUCAAGGCCCACAGGAGCCCAGACGGGAGCCUCCUGCCCCAGCUCCUGGGCCUGGCCCAGCCCGGCUUCCGGGUGGGGCCCAUCACCCUGGAGCCCACCGACGAUGGCAUGGCCGCAGUGGCCACCCUGAUGUGCCAGCUCCCCGGGGGUCCCCUGGCCCCCAACCGGGCCUGCCUGGGCUCGGCGCUGGUCACCAUUCGGCACAACCUGCAGGAAUACUGCAGCUCGGCGUACGGAGCCAGCCACUCCCGCAAGGCCGGGGGAGGAGGGGGGAUCAGCCACGACAACCUCACCAGCAUGUCCAUGUGAGCCACCGC